AUCAGCUGCGCGAGUGUUUGCACGGUUGUGGUAAAUUGCUCCUUGACAGCAUGCCUGGCCCAUUCGAUCUGGGUCCUGAUUUCUAUGGACUGCCUUGGAAUGUUUUGCUGAUCAUGGUGGUCAUUAAUAUAAUGAUUAUGACAUUUGCUUGGCGAAGAAUGAGCACUUUGAAAAGAGCUCUAUCCAGGAUGACGGAGGAUGGUAAUCAGCAAUUGGAGAUGAAGCUGGCCAAAGUCCUGCAGCUGGAAGGAACAAUCAAACUGCUGGAGCAGGAGAAAGUUGUCCUGCAGAAUGAUAAUAUUCAUCUGGAGCUGCAGUUAAAACUGUGUCAGGACCCAGACAGCACGCCACAGACUUUGGAAUCUGAGGACCAUGACAAAGAGUCAGAAGUGAAAGAUGAAAUGAAAUCUCAAAAACCAAACACCAUGGAGACAGAACAGGAACACAAGAACACCAACGGCAGAAUCAAGAUUCAGAUGGAAUUUCAUAAAAAACAGGCAGAGGAGUAUUUGAUGAGCACUCAUAUUGCUGAACAUGCUCUGGCAGCUGAGAGGAAAGAGAAUGCCAUCCUGAGACAGAACAUCAUUAAGGUCAGCAGUGAACUGGCAGAAAUAAAGACUCCUGUCAUUGUGCCACCUCUUCGGAAAGAUUGCGCAGCAUCUGGGACAUCAGUUGCUCUCGAAUGUAAGCAGUGCAUGGAGAAACUACAGGAAGAGAAGAGGAAGACUAUGCAGAUGGAAGAGACAAUCAAGAACAUGGAAUGUGACCAGACAAAUCUGCAAAACCUGCAUAAGAUUCUGCAGGAGAAAUUGCAGAUUAUGCAUAACCUGUGCAAGGAGAAGGACAGUGCUCAGCAGCAGAGUCUGGCUCAGGAGCAGAUUGAGCAGCAUGUGAAGGAGAUCAAAUCCGCAGGACCAAAGCAAGAAAUACGCAAUUUCAAACUGAGGCUCCAGGAGAUUAAUGAGAAGAAUGAGAGAACUCAGAAUGGCCUGAAGAAACAGAUUGUUUUUCAUCAGAAAAAAGCACAGGAGAAUUGGGUUGUUGCCUGUGCAUCUGAAAGGGCCCUAACCAUCAAAAGGAAAGAAAUGGCCAAACUGAGUAAAAAACUAUCUGAGGUCAGUGCUAAAACACAGGCAAAGAGUGCAGAUCAGUUUGAACAAAGUCGGUGCCCUGCUGAGCUGGCCGCAGAGAAACUGAAGGUGCAGCAGCUGGAAGAAAUAAUCAAAGCAAUGGAAGAGGACCAUAAGACUCUGAAAAAGGAAAUAUUCAAGAUGGAGCUUCAGAAUAAAUCAUUUCAGAGAAAACUGGAGAAUAUGAAUGAACUGUGCAAGCAGAAAGACCAUGCUCUCCAGAAGAAGGCAACUCAGGUGGACUCUGAGCGUCGUGAUAAAGAGCUGAAAGUAAAGGAGGUGCUCAAGACUCACAAACUAAAGAUCAAAGCGAUUACUGAGCAGCAUCAGAAAUCAGAGCUCUCCUACAAAGCUGAGAUUGUAUCUCUUAAAAAGUCAAGGGAUAAAUUGGCACAGGUGAAGCUUGCUUGUGCAGCUGAAGAGGCGCAACAUAUUUACCGGCAGAAACUGCAGCUAGAGAAAAAAAUGUCCCAGCAGCUGGGAGAAAAAAUAAAAACUCUGGAGCAGGACAGGGAUGCUUUGAAAGGUGAAAAAUGCCAGCUGGAAGAUCAGAUCACAGCCCUCCGGAGUCAACUGCAGAAUAUGAGUGAGCUGUGCCAGCAGAAAGUCCAGGCUCUCCAGCAGAACAUGGUGCAGGUGGACAUGGCGCAGAGAGUGCAGGAUGCAGAAAUGGAGGCCCUGGCCUCGAAAAUCAAGAUGAUGGAGGAGGAGCUUGAGAAAAGCCAGUGCAUCAAGGCCCGGAUUGAAGACUUAGAAGCAGAGAGGAACACCAUUAUUGCCCUCCAAAAUCAGAUGGCUGAGGCCAUGGCUGAGUUCCAGCAAACUACCUCUGAGGUCAGCUCUGGCUACUCAUAUGAAGCCCUGCCCCUUCAGUCAGACUCCAAGGACAUCCCUCUCCUCAGCCAGACGGAGGUUUGCGAUCUGGAGAUCUCCACUCCGUCUUCCAGUGGCAGAACCCAUCUUGUCCGAGCAUCCCAGAGCCUUAUCGAAGUGAAGGAUGUGCAGCCCACUCAAAAGCCUCGCAGAUCCUCAGUGGCCUCAGUAGAGCACCAUCAGCAGCCCUAAGCUUUUCAGGAAAUCAUAGGAAGGGUAACAUAUAUGCAUUUCACCCUGCAGUCCUCAACUUGGGCUGUGUAAGGCAUUUCAAUCAAGUGGCUGCAGAUUCAUAAAUGGGCAAAAACAAGAUGAGAACUGUCAUUUACAUACAGAUGCUCAAAAAAAAGUGCGAUAAUUAGAAUAACUUUCAAUUAGGUUUUCUUCAGGAGAGAAAUUGGAUGAAAGGCGCACGAUUGGACCUGCUGCUGGAGCUGUUCUUGACUUCUCUUUUGUAUUUCACUUGGUGUGACACGCAGACCAAAAAUAUGGCAGUUCCGUUUUCUUUCAUUUCCUGUGAAACGUACCAAAAUAUGUUGAGUACUUUUUUUUCAGUAUUCUUUCUUUUCUUUCACUUGCUGUGAACAUAUACCAAAAAAUUUAGGAAAUCUCCAUUCAUUCAUGAAUUAGGCAGAAUGUUCCUUAAAUAUUUCACUUUGUUUUUUUUUUCUUUCUUGAACUUACUGUGAA